GACUAAAGAGAGAUGCGUCUCAAGACGUUGGACGGGCCUUUGUCCGUUCAUAAUGGCAACAACGAUAUUAUCAACUCCCCGAAAAGGAUCAACACCAUACAGAACAGCAACAUCAUCACUAACUACCACAACUCCACAACUUCAAACUUCACAGAUACUUCGCAGUUCACAUCCGGCCUGAGCGACAAUGUCAUCAAUGACGUCAUAACGGAACUGCAAACUAGUGACCUCAACGUAUUGAGCAACGUAAUUCAAGAUAAGGUGCAAUGGUGCAACCCCCCUCGUCGAGAGGUGCAGAACCGCGAGUUAGCCAACAACUGCCGCAACAUCAACAACACGCUGGCUGCCACCCUCGGGAGGCGGGCCAGGGGGCGGCGAGCCACCCCCGCCUCUGCCCUCUGCUCGCCAGAGUCCUCGCCAGAUGAUAGUCUCUUCGAUGUCGAAGAUGCUGAACAAAGCUGCUCAUCCGCAGACACCAGCCCCCAAGACGAAGACCUCCCCUUCGACUUAUCCGAUUCAGAAUCCUCCGAAGACGGCAACCUGAGCGACGCGGCAAUCCUGCCCCAGCGCAGGGGCAUAGUCAACCCCAACUACCCUGGCUUCCAGCACCUGGCACAUACCCUGGCCUCUGACGCCGACUACACCGACGACGACCUCGAUUUCGCUCAACCGGACGCCGAGGCUAACAACAACAAUGUGACAGAGACGGACUAUAAGAUUGACAGUGUGAAUCGGUUGGAUAGUGUCGAGAAUAUCCAGAAAGUGUUUUACGAUAAGCCGGCGUUCAAUAUCGAACAGGAGGAUGGGAACGACCAGGAAAGUGAUUCGGCUAGUGGGAAUUCGAACAAUAGCGACGAGGAUACUGAGAUUCAGGUGCCGCUGAAUAUCAACGUUGACGAGAAGGGAGUUUCAAAAGAUAUUGUUGGAGACUUCAGCGGAGAGAUAGAAGCAGCACUAGUUAGAGGGACAUUCCACAAAAACGAAGUCUUCGAAGAUCCAUUUCAACCACCCAAACUUGAAACAGCAGUGGUACAACAACUCGAAGAAGUGGUUGAGAAGCUUCUAGUCAUCAAAGAAGUAGAACCUUCAAUCACCAAAUAUAAUAUCGAACCGAAUAUCGAAGAGCCUUUUAGUAAACUUUCGCCGACAAAGCAAUUUCCUCUUCAUCAGGUUCUAGACGAUACCAUAUCGAUUAAAAAUUCGGAUACGAUGGCGGUUCUACAAGAAAACUUAUCAUUCAUUGUGAGACUAGACGAUCCCAUCAAAAUGAAAUUAGGAGAUGCGUUUUUAUCAAAAGGUACUGAGACCAUCGAAGCUCCCGUUCAAAAGGAAAAUUUACAUUUAUCCCAUACCCUCAAUUUUGAAACUGAAAUGGAAGUGGACAAUGAGGUUAUGAAAAAAUCCGAACUUUCUAGAAAAGACUCGAAUCGUGAACAGGAGGAACUGGAUUGCCGAAUCAAGAAAAUCAAAGCAGAUUCUGAGGAUAUCGAAGAGUUUCGCAAAGAAAAUCUCACUAGAGAUUUCAAAGAAAAAGAAGAGGACAGCGCAGUUCCAAGGAAGAAAGAAAAGGUCGAUACAUUCUUAAAAAAAAGGAGAGACUACAAUCAGGAAUUUGGAAGUCUAAUCACUUUUCCUAGAAGAGAGAAUGGGGUUAGAAAUAGAGAUCCAAUCAACAGAAGAUCUGUGCCCAUGGUUAGAGAAAAGAAAAGGAAUAAUGAUGCUUUGGGUGGAUUCGACGUAUACAAUAUCGAAACUGCCAUGCCAAAGAUCGAUCUUGAAGCGAUUGAAUGCCACCUGAGGGCUGCACGUGAAGAAGAACGAAGGGCUAUGUCCCAGGACGGGGUCCUAUCCAUGGCCAAUAUCAGCGAGAUGCUCAGGGCGAGCGAAAAUUCAACGUUCAGAUUUGAUGCUUCCAAGAUCUCUCUAAAUUAG